AUAGGAGAGGGGAUGGCAUUUUUAAAACCAGACCCUAAAUAGGCGGAGCAUGUGAGAAAGCCUUAUAACAUAUCUUUCCAAUUGUAUUUUUGAAGCUCUUGUUACCAGAAACUCCUCCAUGGCCUCCUUUUGAUAUUCGUUAGGUCUUCCCAUUCUGAUUUCUGUUUUGUUCCCAUGGGAUAUGUGUUAACGAGAAAGGAAAAAAUCCAUUGAUCAUAUUCCCAUGGGGGCCUGCGUAUCCGUGGGUGGAACCAUAUUGAGGAAAACCAGAGAAAUCAAAGCAGUGCCAUUGCAAGAUUAUAAUUGCCAUGAGGCAAACCAAAAUCCAAAAUUCAGAACCCCAACUUUGCGUCCCUCGCGCGUAAUCACCAUCCUCUCAGAUCCGUCUGGGAAGGACGUCUUCAAGCGGUACCGGUUUGGGAAAGAGUUAGGGAGGGGAGAGUUCGGGAUCACCUACCAUUGCUACGAUGACUUCACGGGAGAGCUCGUCGCGUGCAAGAAGAUAUCAAAGAGAAAGUUGAAGACGGAGAUCGACAUCGAUGAUGUCCAGAGGGAGGUGGAGAUAAUGAGGAAUUUGCCAUCCCACCCAAACAUUGUCAAGUACAAGGAUGUUUAUGAGGACAGGGAGGCUGUUUAUCUUGUGAUGGAGCUUUGCCAAGGGGGUGAACUCUUUGAUAGGAUUGUCGCAAGAGGGCAUUAUACUGAGAGAGGGGCUGCAACCACCACCAGGACUAUUUUGGAGGUCGUCAAGGUAUGCCAUGAACAUGGAGUAAUACAUAGGGACUUAAAACCCGAAAAUUUUCUUUACGGAGAUGAUAGUGAAAGUGCUCCACUGAAGGCCAUUGAUUUUGGCCUCUCCAUAUUCUUUGAGCCUGGUCAGCGUUUCAGUGAAAUAGUUGGCAGCCCUUAUUACAUGGCUCCAGAAGUCCUUAAACGGAACUACAGUCACGAAGUAGAUGUCUGGAGUGCAGGUGUUAUUCUUUACAUCCUACUAUGUGGUGUUCCCCCUUUCUGGGCAGAUACUGAAGAGGGAAUAGCACAGGCAAUCAUACGGAGUAAAAUAGAUUUUGAGAGGGAUCCAUGGCCAAGAGUUUCCAAAGAUGCUAAGGAACUGGUUAAGGGUAUGCUCAACCCUAACCCUUCCAGCCGGAUGACUGUUGAAGAAGCCCUCGGACAUCAGUGGAUUCAGAAUGCUCAUCAAGUCUCUAAUAUUUCUUUGGGAGAAAAUGUCAAGGCAAGAAUCAAGCAAUUCUCGUUGAUGAAUAAGUUCAAGAAGAAAGUCCUCAGGGUGGUAGCAGAUAAUUUGCCAACAGAAAAGGUAGCAGGAAUCAAACAGAUGUUCCAUAUGAUGGACACUGACAAAAAUGGAAACCUAACAUUUGAAGAGCUCAAGCAUGGCCUCCACAAGAUGGGCCAACCUGUUGCCGAUCCUGAUGUCCAGAUGCUGAUGGAUGCUGCUGAUGUCGACGGGAACGGGCUGCUGAAUUGCGAGGAAUUCGUGACGAUGUCGGUUCACCUGAAAAAGAUAGGGGAAGGGGACGACGAGCAACUCCGGCAAGCGUUCCGGUACUUCGACAAGGACGAGAGUGGGUACAUUGAGGUUGAAGAGCUGAGGGAAGGAUUAGUUGAGGACAACCUUGGCCCUAACAAUGAUCAAGUCAUCCGAGACAUCAUUUUUGAUGUUGACUUGGAUAAGGAUGGUCGGAUCAGUUAUCCAGAGUUCGAGGCCAUGAUGACAAGAGGUGUGGAAUGGAGGAUGGCUUCUCGGCAAUACUCGAGAGCAAUGCUCAAGGCUCUAAGCCAAAGAAUGUUCAAAUGAAAAUUAAGUUUCUCUUUUCUUUUCUUUUCUUUUCAAUUUUUGUGGUGUUGUGUGGAUCAAGAACCUCUUGUUCUAUUAAGAGUGCAUUGCUACUUUUCAACUUCUCAUAGGAGGAAUUAUGAUGAAAUUGUGGAUUAAUCGACUCCCAUAGUGAAAGUAAAUAAGAAUGAGUAAGAUAGAAAUGUCUUU